AGGAGGAGAGAUGACUAGAAACGAUUCGGUUGUCCGUUUUAUGUGUGGAUUAAUUGGCAGAGUAGAGGAGCUUGUGCAUUUCAGCACAGAGCUGAAUGAAGAAGAGGGAAGGCCAUGUCUGAGAAGAAAUCCCGAAGUUCGGACAUCUGUCCCAAAUGCGGCAUCCGCAGCUGGAGUGCCGACGGCUACGUGUGGAGCUGCAAGAAACGCUCCCGGAGUUCUCGAAACGAUCCGGGCCUUCGGGGUCCGGAGGGGGUAGGGCCGAUUGAGGAGCAAGGAGCGCGUUCCACCUCAUGUCCGCGGAGACGGAGAGAGAGGAAGUGUAGCUGUACCGUAAUGGGGGAAGUCGACAUAGAUGUCCCCUGUCGGAAAGCCCUUUCUAGGCGCUCUCUCCGGCAGAAGUUCCAGGAUGCAGUGGGUCAGUGUUUCCCUCUCCGCACUGACCAUCGCCACCACCACCACGGCUGCCCAACGGGGGCCUACCAGGGGGCCUUUUCUGUGCUCCUCUGGUCCAAGCGUCCGAUCCAUGUCACGGAGCUCAUGCAGGACAAGUGCCCCUUCUCGUCCAAGUCAGAGCUGGCCCACUGCUGGCACCUCAUCAAGAAGCAUGCCACCCACCCCAGCGCCAUUGUGGGCCUAGAGGUUGCCCAAGCUGCCAAGGCUGCACAGGCUGCUGGCAAAGAACCAGUCCUGUCCACUUCCACAUCCCCACCUUCGACACCUCUUUCAUGGGAGGGCAUCUGCUUGAGUAGGCCCCUGAGCCUUGAGGACUGGGACCUCUCCCAUCCGCAUGGCAGAGCAGCCUAUGGUGGCAGCCAUACAGAUUACAUCCUAGUCCCUGACCUCCUGCAGAUCAACAACAGCCCGUGUUACUGGGGCGUUCUGGACCGCUUCCAGGCAGAGGAGCUCCUGGAAGGCCAGCCCGAGGGCACCUUCCUCCUCCGUGACUCGGCCCAGGACAAGUUCCUCUUCUCCGUCAGCUUCCGCCGCUAUAGCCGCUCCCUCCAUGCGCGUAUCGAGCAGAACGGCAAGCGCUUCAGCUUCGAUGGCCGCGAUCCGUGCAUGUACCGGGACCCGAGUGUGACGGGCCUGCUCCGGCACUACAGCGACCCAGCCACAUGCCUCUUCUUCGAGCCCCUCCUGUCCCGCCCUCUGGCCCGGACUUUCCCAUUCACCCUGCAGCACCUGUGUCGCGCAGUGAUCUGUAGCUGCACUACGUACCAGGGCAUCAAGAUCCUUCCACUGCCUCAUCAGCUCAGGGACUAUCUUAGGCAGUACCACUACAAGUGCAAUGGGGCUUGUGCAGUGUAAAACAAUGACAAUUUCUGACUUCAUAAUUAUAGUCCCAUGGGUUACUACUCUUCAAUAUUGACCAUGUUUCAUUGGUUUUUAGAGACUUGUGAAGACCCUGACUGCUACAGUGCCUUCAGAAAGUUUUCACACCCAUACACUUUUUACACA